AUGUGGUUCACGCUAGGUGAAGAAAGAAAAAGUGACCAGUGGUAUCUGAGUGCCUCUGGAGUGGAGCUGCAAACUGCUGUACUCCACGCCCGCUGCUACUCUCAUGGGUCACAAGAAUCAGAUGAAGAAUUUGAUGCUCGCUGGGUGACGUAUUUCAACAAGCCAGAUAUCGAUGCUUGGGAGCUCAGGAAAGGCAUAAACACGCUUGUGGGUUAUGACCUGGUUCCGGAACCAAAAAUCAUCGAUGCAGCUCUGAGGGCAUGCAGACGGUUAAAUGACUUUGCCAGCGCUGUCCGCAUCUUAGAAGUUGUAAAGGACAAGGCAGGACCUCACAAGGAAAUCUAUCCUUACGUUAUCCAGGAACUUAGACCAACUUUGAGUGAACUGGGAAUCUCCACUCCAGAGGAACUGGGUCUGGACAAAGCGUAAACCUUACUGGU